UUUGUUCUCGAUGUUCUUUUCAUAGAAAAUGAGAACAAAGUGUUUGCAACUUCUUUAAACAGUGAAGAAGUUAACUCUAACGAAGAUAAGUUGGUGAAAGCAAGAAACAAGAAGGAUAUGGAAGCUGGAACAGUCGAACUCUUCAUGCAUUUGCAGUUAUAUUCUCGAACUCUAAGAAAACUGGAGGAUAUGGUUUCGGCUAAUGAAAAAGAGAAGCAUAAUGGAGUUAGUGCAAACCAAUGGGAAUUGGGUAAGUUUUUUGAUAAUAAAGACCAGCAACACUUCUUUGAUCUCAAAUAUGGUUGUAUUAGGUUCCAGGGGUUGAAAAACACAAUCAACAGUAGAACUUGUGAUGUUUGUUCAAGAGCUGCUUGGAAAGAAGUGCUCUCAUGGCAGGCUCGUUCUGAUACAAUUAUUUCUGCGGUCAUGACUUCGUGCGACUUAUAG